AUGAAUAUUGAUACUAUUAGAACCGGAUCCAUUUUCGCCACUUUUCCUGAAGCACGUGCAGCUAUAGAAACAUAUGCUGCAAAAACCAACACCGUAUUAAUUUUAGGUAGAACAACUAAGAAUCCAGAUGGCAGUGGCUAUAGGCAGGCGUAUUUUGUUUGUGAAAGACAAGGAAAGUAUGGUGGAAAAGAGGAGAAACACACUACUAAACGGACCGGUUGUCCUUUUAUGAUUGGUAUAAAUUACCGAAAGCGUUCAAAAAACUUUGUAAUUACAAAGUGUUGCCUUGAACAUUGCCAUGAUAUUUGCCCGGAAGCAACAAAAUUUAGCCCUGCUAUACGUAAAUUUGACCAAGAUGAUCUUGGCCUAAUCGAAAAACUUUGCGACAAUGGACUCUGCACAAGAGACAUAUUUUCAGUGCUUAAUUCAGUAAGUUCAAAAUAUGUCCACAAGCCUGACGUUUACAAUGCCAUAAGUCGUCAGCGUCAAAAGAAAUUACAAGGUUUAAAUGAGAUCGAGGUAUUACUUAAAACUCUGCAACAUGAUGAAAAUGUUCUGGGUAGUAUUGCAACAAAAGCCAUACACAAUGAUGAACGUGACCAAGACGGUGAAUUUAUUCAGGCGGUUUUUUGGGCAUACCGUCAUGCAGUUUUUGAAUUUGCGGUUGCAAAGGAUGUUUUAAUAGUCGAUGCUACGUACAAAACCAAUAGGUUUUCGAUGCCCUUAAUAGUUAUUUGUAGCAUCGAUCAAUUUGGAUCAACCUACCCCUUGGCCUUUGCUCUUGUUUACUCAGAAACAUGUGAUUUUUAUCGUUGGGUGAUGCAACAAUUGAACAGGGUGUUAACUAUACUGACGGGCGAUGCACAAGUAGCAACAUUCAUAACUGACCGAGAGCUAGCUCUCAUCACAGCAUGUUCUUUAGUAUUUCCUCAUGCCAGGCAUCAACUUUGCAUUUGGCACAUCUUUAAAAACAUUCGGAACAAGCUCAAAAAGGACGUCGAAAUUGAUGAAUUUAUUCAAGCUCUUCAAAAGCUUGUAUACGGGGAUAUUUCAAUAAAUGAAAUUGAACAAGAAAUAGCGGAAUUGUGGAAACGAUUUCCAAAUGCCAAAACUUACAUGAAUGAAACUUGGAUGCGGCAUAAGGAAAGCUGGCUCGCACCAUAUGUGAAUAAUAAUAUCAACCUUGAUAUAAGGUCAACUCAACGUGUAGAAAGUUUGCAUAGCAAACUAAAGGGUGUUGAAAACCGAAUUACUCCAAUUGAUAAAUUACUUUCAAUUAUUUGGCGGCAACUUCAAGAACAUUCCCAAAAGCUUGCGUAUGAGACAUUCUUGCAUCAAAAUAGAAGCACACACGAUAAAACUGACAAAAGUCUGGAAGAACUACGUUUAAUUUGUUCACAGUUUGCAUUCGAAAAAUUUAUAAGGCAACAGGGAGAUCUUGCAAUACAUGAUGCAUAUGAAGUUUUUGCAUGUGAAGAUGGUACAUACAAUGUGGUACAAAUAGAUGGUUUAAACAAAUCAACUUAUAUAGUGCAACUCGGUAAGCCUAGUUCUUGUACAUGCCUGCAUCCUCGACGUACAAGAACCCCCUGCCAACAUAUAAUUGUAUUAUAUUUACGGUACUUGCAUACUCCUGUUUCACAAAAUGAGAUUCACCAGCGUUGGUAUGCACGAUAUACCGAUACUGCAAAAACAGAACAUGUUACAGAUCCUGUUCCUUCCCAUUUUAUCGAAAUUUUUAAUAAGUUGCCAAAAUUUCAUCAUAAUGCAUUUUUGGACUUAAUGCAACAUACUGUAGAAUAUGUUCUGGAAAAUGGAACAAUGCCAAAGCUGCAAAUGGAUAAUAAUAAUAUUGAUCAGCAAGUAACAUUUAAGACAAUCAAUAUCGAUAAUACUGCAGAUUGUAGUAAUCUCAUAAUGCCAAAGGUAAAACGUAAACGUGGCAGACCACCUAACAACAAACGUAUUCGUGGUGCUGAAGAAAAUAAAGAAAAUGACCCGCCCUUAAAAAAAACUUCAGCUAAACAAAAAUUAGGAAAAGACAAUAAAACAUCACAUCCAACUAGUAUAAAGCUUGAUUCACGAAUUCCCCAAGACGCAGUAUCGCAAAUUCACAACCCAGUUGGAGAUGGUAAUUGUGGUUUUCGAUCCCUAGCAGUGGCUAUUUUUAAAGAAGAAGAACGUUGGCAGGAUGUAAAGAUUAAUAUGAGAUCUCAGUUAACCAAACAAAUGGAUUUGUAUAAUCACAUACUCGGAUAUGACACCAAUCGGCUUAUGAAUGUUCUGUCACAUAUGGUAUCAGGGUCUUCACAAGAAUAUUGGUUUUAUACUCCAGAAUGCGCACAAUUAGCAUCGGACACAUUCAACGUACCAGUUGUAAUAUUCGGUGCAGACUCUAAUGCUAGUCUUUUGUUUUUACCAUUUGGGCAAAAACCUGGUCUUCGUAGAAAGCCCGUUGUUUUACAAUGGUAUGAAAGUAAUCACAUUGUGUUAAUCAAAUUCAAGCCAAAUAAGUCUGCGGAAGUUCCACCUUUAAACCCACAGUAUAUUCCUAUUUGUAAUCGUCUAGGUUUUUCUACAGAUUGGCUUACUCUUUUUACAUAG